AUGGAUCUGUUAGAGCUUGAUGAAGCUUCAACCUUCCUCAGAAGUGAAGCUGACUUGCUUCUGCUGCAGACCAUGACCUUGGUUGGGAAGAAGAAAUACUGGGUUUGUGAUGGGAAGAAUUCAUAUAUUGAGGCUAUGGUUAAAGGGACUGAAUAUGAUGGAAAAAUAAUUGUUGAGACUAGAGAGGGAAAGAAUCUGAGUGUCAAGGAGGACAAAAUCCAGCAGAUGAAUCCUACAAAUUUUGAAAUGAUUGAAGACAUGCUAAUGCUGACUCACUUCAAAGAAACAUCUGUGCUACGUACCCUUAAGAGACGUUAUGACCGUUGGAUGAUCUAUACAUAUUUAGGUCUCUUCUACGUGGCCAUAAACCCUUACAAGUGGCUUUCUGUGUAUCAGAAAGAAGUUGUACCUGCCUACAAAGGGAAGACGUGCUUGAAGGCUCACAUCUUUGCUUUUGCUGAUAAUUUCUUUCAGGAUAUGCUUCAUAUAAGAGUUCUAAUCAUGCAAGUGAAUCCUAUCUUGGAAGCAUUUGGGAAAUUUCAGACCUUGAGAAAUGACAAUUUCUCUUGUUUUGGAAAAUUCAUCAGGAUGAACUUUGAUAUGAGAGGUGUACUAUUAUAUGCCAACAUUAAGAUCUGCUACACUGCUGAUGAUCCUUGGGUGCUGACCCCAGGGUCUGGCUGCUUCCUAGCCUUUGAAGCUCAGCAAGGCGUGGACAUCUUGUACUUUCUUCCACAUGAGAAGUAUGGAUGCUACAGACUCCUGGGAGCCAUCAUGCAUUUUGGAAACAUGAAAUAUAAACAGAAACCCAGAAAGAAGCAACUGGAAGCAGAUGGCACAGAAAGUGCUGACAAAACUGCAUUCCUCAUGGGCACUGAUUCUUUGGAGUUCGUGAAGGGCUCUGUCCAUCCUAAAAUCAAAGUUGGUAAUGGAUAUAUUUCCAGAAGUCAAAAUAUAGAACAGGUAACCUGUGUUGUUGGUUCCUUGUCCAAGUCAAUAUGUGAAAGGAUGCUUAAGUGGCUGGUGACGUGUAGACAGGUCCUGGAUGCUAAACUGUCAAAGCAGUUCUUCAUUAGCAUGCUUGACAUUACUGGUUUUGAAAUCCUUGAUUAUAAUAGCCUUGAGCAACUUUGCAUUAAUUUUACCAGGGAAAAAUGACAACAGUUCUUCAAUCAGCAUACGUUUAUUUUGAUGCAAGAAGAAUACAGGAAAGAGAGCAUUGACUGGGCAUUGACAGGAGCAUCCAUUGACUCUGGUCUGGAUUUGCAAGCCUGCAUAGAUCUCAUUGAAAAUCCCAUGGGCCUCCUCUCCAUCCUCGAAGAAAAAUGCCUUUCCUAAGGAUACAGACACAACUUUCAAGAAAAAAAACACUCUUUUGAACAGUUGAUUUAUUUCCAGAAGCCCAAGUCUGACGAGAAGGGGAACUAGGAAGCUCACUUUGAACUCGUCCAUUAUGGCGGAUGCAUGCCUUAAAACAUCAGUGGCUGGCUUGAAAAGAACAAAGACCUUAAUGAAACAGAGGUGGCAGUACUUCAGAAGUGUUCCAACAGACUCCUGGCAAGCCUUUUGGAAAAUUACAUCAGUACUGACAGUGUUUGCGUUCUUCAGCAGCUGUGCCAUAAUGAUAUCAUGGAAGGGAGUAAGAUGUACCAUGAAGGUUUUCCAAACUGACUGCUAUAUGGUGAUUUUAAACAAAGGGAAACAUGUUUUCUAGGAUCCCAGAAAUGUGAGGCUGUCCAUUCUGUUUCCCUCUCUGAGUGUUUAGGCACACAGUAUUUGCUUGGUGGAUGUCCUCCAGACUACAAAUCGAGCAAGUCUGAGAGCAGCAGAAAAGCAACUGAAGAACUUUUUGGCUCCUUGGAGAGGCACACCCAGUACCAACCUGGAGUCACUAAGCAUUUUCGCCUAACUGAUAAAUUACUUGCAGCUGUUGGCAACAAUUUUCUCCUCCUUGUGGGAGAAGGAGAGACCCUGGCAAAUGUUGAAGCAGAGUCACUGAUUAAAUCCCAGAUCCAGCUGGAGGCCAGAGUCGAGGAGCUGUCUGAGUGGGUGGAGGAAGAAGAGGAGAUAAAUUCUGCACUGACUGCCAGGGGGCGGAAACUCCAAGAUGAAUGUUCUGAGUUGAAGAAAGAAAUCGAUGACCUGGAAACAAUAUUAGCGAAGUCAGAGAAGGAGAAGCAUGCUUCAGAGAAUCAGGUCAAGAGCUUGACUGAGGAGGUAGAAUCCGAUAAGGAAAUCAGCAAACUUAACUGAGCAACCAAGUCCAUUCGGAAAGCUCCUUAGCAGACCCAGGAGUGUCUGCACACAGAGGAGAAACAGAGCAACUUGAGCAAAUCAAUCUUGAACCUGGGGCAGCACGUUGAUGAGCUGGAGAGUGCCCUUGAGAGGAAAGCAAGAAUGAACUGUGAAAGGGAAAAGCACAAACUACAGGGUGAUUUAAGGGUGAACCAGGAAACUGUGGAGAACCUGGAGAGCAGCCAGCAGUAGCUAGCAGAGUGGCUCAGGAUACUUAACCAGAGGCUGGAGGAGGCAGGAGGGUCCAGUUUGACCCAACUGGGGAUGACCAAGAAACAGGAAGCAAAAAUUCAGAAGCUUCACCAAGACAUGGAGGAGGGCACAGUUGGAGGUGAUGUGCCUUUUUGAAAGAGGCAUGUAGAUAGUCAACUCAAAGUCAAGAAUCAGGAAGAAAACCUACAGCAUAUCAAGCAAAAACUGGAAAACAGUGGUUUGUAACUAAAAGUGGAUGACCUCCUGACCCUUGUUGAGCAGAUGACUAGAGCUAAGGCUAAUGCUGAGAGACUCUGUAGUCUGUAUGAAGAGCACUUGAAUGAAGCAGAUGCAAAACUAGAUGAGGCAACUCAGGUGGCCGAUGACUUGACAGCACAGAAGACAAAGCUACAGAGAGCUGUCAAUACUACUGAUUCUGAAGCUUGUUUAAGAGAUGAAAACAGUUUUAGUAACUUGAUAGUAGCAAGGGGGAAGUACAAAAACAAAAACAGGGACCUGAUAAGCCAAUUUACCAGGGAAAAGAGCACUUUUACUCAGUAAAUUAAAGAACUGAGAGGGCAGCUAGAAUGGAGGCUACUGUGUGGGGAGGGCUAUGGAAAUGGCUCCAGUGUCCCAAGAUUCUCAAGAGUUCCCUGGCCCAUUUGCUGUCAAUUAGGCAUGACUAUGCCCUUCUGUAAGGAAGAACCAGAGGUCAUGGCUGAGCUUCACUGGACCCUAUCCAAAGGCAAUACUAAAGUGGUGCAGUGGAGAAAGAAUUAUGAACAUGAUGUCAUCCAGAGAACUGAAGAGUUGGAGGAUGCUAGGAAGAAGCUGGCAAUUAACUUACAGGAGAUUGCUGAAGCCAUCCAGGUGGCCAAUGCCAAGAACGCCUCUGUGGCAAGGGCCUGGCACCAACUGCAUCUUGAGCUGGGGGAUGUCCUGUCUGAGCUUGGGAAGGUCUGCUCUGUAGCAGCUGCACUGGACCACAAUCAGCAGCACUCUGAGAAGGCCCUUGCUGACUUGGGAAAGCAGAAGCAUGAGGAGUCCCAGGCAUUACUGGCUGCUUCUCAGAAGGAGGCCUGAGCUCUUAGCACUGAGAUCCUUGAGCUCAAGCACACUUAUGAAGAGAGCAGUGAGGGCCAGGAGACAGUGAGGAGGGAGAACAAGAACCUGCAAGAACAGAUUUCUGGCUUGAAAAACCAGGAUAGAAAAGGGACCCAGACUUUACCUGAAAUGGAAAAGAUCAAGAAACUGAUUGGACAAGAGAAGAUUGAAGCCCAUGUGACACUGGAAGAAAGGGAGGGAGCUCUGGAAAAUAAUCUGGAAAGCAAGAUUCUUCAUUUCCAGUUAGAACUCAUGGAAGCUAAAGCAGAAUUUGAAAGUUUUAGAGAAAGAGGAAGAAAUAGAAAGUUGGGAGGAGGCCAGCUUAAAGGCGAGCUGGUGUCCAUCAUUGCUGUGAAGUCAACCCCAACCACCAUGACUGGGCUGCGAACGAGUUUUUCCCCAGAAUGUCAUUCUAAAAUUAGGCAGAAACAGCAGUAUGCUAUUGACUCCCUUCAGUCUAGUCUGAAUUCUGAAGCUAAGAGCAGACUUGAGGCUACCAGGCUAAAGAAGAGGAUGGAAGGGGACCUGAUGGAGAUGGAAUGCCAGCUUCACUUUGCCAACUGGCAGGUGUCUGAGGCAACCAAAUACCUGACACAGCUUCAGAGUCAAUGAAGGUAAUAUAGGGUGAAGGACCUUCAAGGGCAGCUGGAUGACAGCACACACCUGAACAAUGGUCUGAAGGAAUAAGUGGCUGUAGCUGAGCAGCACAAUUCUCCUCUUCAGUCUGAACUAGAGGAACUAAGGUCCUUGCAAGAACAGACAGAUCAUGGGCUCAGACUGGCAGACAAAGAGCUCCUGGAAGCCUCAGAAAGAAUCAGUCUUUUCUAUACCCAGCUGCUUUUCCUCCUCAACCAGAAGAGGAGACUGGAGACUGAUGUUGCUCAGAUUUCAGAAAGAAGAAGAGAUGAUACAGAUGUGUCUGUCAAAAUGCAGAAGAGAAGACCAGGAAGGCAGCCACGGAGGUGGGCCUAUCACCUGUCUGCUUAUACUGGUGCUGAGAGCAUCUCUUACUGCCAAAUUCCUGCAGCCUUAAACUUGUUUCCGAUAGUGAAUCGCAAAAUUGGAGAACACAGAUGUUGUGUCCUAAUGUUGAUGUGGUACUUCAUCUUUGAUCUGGUUCCACCACUGCUCAUCCCAAUCUCUCCCGUGACUACUUCUAUCUGUUGCCCCACCAUUCACAAAUUCAAGGUCAUGGUUUGGUUACAGGUUCAUGAACUGGAAGGUGAACUGGAGGGCCAGCUCCAUCACAAUGCAGAGACCUACAGGGAAGCUCACAGACUGGAGCAGUGCAUCAGAGAGCUGACCUAUCAGGCAGAGGAAGACAAGAAACUGAGCAAGAUGCAGACUCUGACGGAUAAACUUCAGCUCAAAGUGCAAAAUUUCAAGCAACAAGAGGCGGCGGUGGCACAAGCCAAUCAAUAGCUUUCCAAGUAUAAGCAACAUGAGCUCAAUCAAGUGAAGGAAAGGGCAGAGAUAGCAGAAUCUCAAGUCAAUAAACUGAAGAUUAAAGCAAAUGUGUUUGGGAAAAAAAGUACAGCAGAUAUUCAACUCUGUUGUAACUUACAGCAGGUCAGGUUAGGUCUCACUUCAUUGCUUUUAAAGUCUUUAUUUUAUUAAGUAAAGUUCAAAUAAAAUCUUUCCAUGUUUACAAAAAUUCUUUUUGGUUAGAUAUUAGGAUGUGCUUCCCUAUUUAUAAUUCAAAGUUCUUAAUUGCAGGUUAACUUCAGGUUCCAAGUGCCAGGCUGGGCCCUCAAGUCAUUCAGGUAUAAUAUCCAGGACUCCAUGGAACAAAGACUUGAAAAGCAUUAAAGGAUAUGCUGAAAAUUAAUUGAAUACUUUUCAUGGUAGACAAGUGCAUGACUUUGUAUCACAUCAACAGUGACUGGGGAAGAUGUUUAAAACUGAGGCAAUGAAGGAGGCAAGAGUCCUGCUUUCUAGUACUCUUUAUAUUCCUAAAAUUAUCCCCAGAGAAGGAUCUUUGUGGUUCAUGAAGUGACUGUUCUGAUCCAGUGGUAGAAGCCAAUACCCUAAUUUUAUGGGCAAUGUGGCACAGUGCAAAAACACCUUGAACUAAAUGUUCAGAAGGAAGCCUCAGCUUUGAGAUUUUUCCCAGGAACAUAAUUUUUAAAUGAGGUCCGACUUUAGAAGUGAGUUAAGAGAUUGGAUAAUGUGAUAGAUCCCCUUCACAGAAUGCCUGUAAAGCAUUUAGCACAGUUUCCAGCUCAGACAGGCACCAUCUUUCAUUUUAAUAAUUUGGUGCAUCCUGUACUAUUUCUGAUAAAUGAUUUACUAGUAGCCCUACAAGAUGAGUUGAUAAGGUGGUAUUUAUUGUUGCUAACCUUAAGGGAGGUCAAAUGGAUUUCUUGAAGGAGGGACUAAAAGUUUGUUCCACUGAAUCUACUUAGCUCUAAAUAUGAGAAG